GUCAGCCAAGUCUCGCGCGGGCAGGGAGACCGCGGCGCUGAUAUCCCGGCCUGCCUCGCGCCGCGGCUUCCUUUUCCGGUCGCCCAUCUUCUCCGGAGGGAGGCCCCCCUCGGCCAGCAUGGCGCCCAGCCGCAAUGGCAUGAUCCUGAAGCCGCACUUCCACAAGGACUGGCAGCGCCGCGUCGCCACCUGGUUCAACCAGCCCGCCAGGAAGAUCCGCAGGAGGAAGGCGCGGCAGGCGAAGGCGCGUCGCAUCGCUCCGCGUCCCGUGGCCGGGCCCAUCCGCCCUAUGGUGCGGUGUCCCACUGUUCGAUACCACACAAAAGUUCGCGCCGGCCGAGGAUUCAGCUUGGAAGAACUCCGGCUGGCCGGCAUCAACAAGAAGUUUGCCCGCACUAUUGGAAUCUCUGUGGAUCCCAGGCGACGGAACAAGUCGACAGAGUCCCUACAAGCCAAUGUUCAGAGGCUGAAGGAGUAUCGCUCCAAACUCAUCCUCUUCCCACGGAAGCCGUCGGCACCCAAGAAGGGAGACAGCUCUGCAGAAGAGCUCAAGAUGGCAACUCAGCUGUCCGGACCUGUUAUGCCUAUUAGGAGUGUGUACAAGAAGGAGAAGGCCCGGGUUAUCUCGGAGGACGAAAAGAACUUCAAGGCCUUUGCCAGCUUGCGCAUGGCCCGGGCAAACGCACGCCUCUUCGGUAUCCGGGCAAAGCGAGCCAAGGAGGCUGCAGAGCAGGACGUGGAGAAGAAGAAGUGAGCACGUCUCCUUCGAACUGUUAAUAAAAGAGCCUAGGACCGCGA